AUGGAAAGAGAAGAUUCUUUACAAAUCGACAAACUGCUCCUCAGUAGCCUUGAAUGCCCUGCUUGUAGCAAGCUAUUUAUGCCCCCAGUUUAUCAAUGCUUCAAUGGUCACUCAAUCUGCAAAACUUGUUCCGAAACAAAAGCCACAUGUCCAGAAUGUUCUCUGCCUCUGCAGAACAAGUUCCGAAAUAUUGCUUUAGAAAGAAUGCUGGAAAGCAUUGAAGUGGUCUGCUCCUUCAAAGGGUGUGGCAAACGUUUGGUUUUAAGCCAAAAACGAACUCAUGAGCAGGUCUGCACGUUUAAUCCAAAUAUCCCGUGCAUUUUUGACGAGUGCCAGUGGGCUGGUGAAUGCUUAAUUGACCACAUCACUCUUGUCCACCAGGUAAAACAGUUUGAAAUGGCUUCCAGUGGCUCUGUGAGAGGCUGGAAUUCAAAAACAUGGAGAAUGGCUGACUGGGGCUACAGCAUUUGGAAAUUCGCGGAUGAUGUAAUUAUAAACAAAUCGUUUUGUAGUGGAGACACCUUUUAUCUGCACCUAUAUGAUAUGGGAAUACGGAGGAGGACUUUGCGAUUGACGACUGUGAACCCGGAAUACCAAGUGGAUUUCUUUGUGAAAUCUGAGCCGAUCCAAUACUUCAAAAAUAAAUAUAUUUGGUUAAAUAAACUUCGAUAAAAUCAUUUAAUUAAGAUUAAGGCUGUAGCAUAUGAAAUUAGCGUCCAAAUUAAUUUAAUCUUUAUUACACGGCACUACCAUUUCACAUCAGCAUUAAAAUUGCUGAAAAAUAUAUACUAGAAUCAGCUGACGAGCUGGAAGAAGGCUAUAAAAGGUUAUCAAUUCGAGUAGAAAUCCUGGGAGAUCAAUAA